CAGAAAUAAUUUAUUUGAUUUUGGGAAUUUUAAAUUCUUUGGGUGGCUGCCAAGGCGUCUAACUUUUUUCAACCUUAAAGCCCAAAAUCCACGGCGGAUCGCUCCAACAUCCGGGACGUGGACGUCGCCCUUACUGUCCAUUCUUCAUCUUUUGGUCUUGUCAGUGCUCCGUUCCUCCCUGUGUCUCCUGAACCGAUCAAUUGUACUGUAGUCUGUGCAGCACAGCACGUGGUCCAUGGGGUGUAACGUCAUUUCGUUGAAUGUCCCUCCGCCAUCCGGAUUGCUCUUCCUCUUAUACUAUCCCAGCACUACUACUACUGCUACUACUACUGCUACUACUACUGCUUCCCACUUGCACUUGGAUCUGUCCUGCAUCCUCCCCUCCUAAUCUAUUCUCCGACUCGACCCUCUUUUCCGCCCAUUCCGAACUUAACUUCCCCCUCCCCCCUCCACCGCCACGUGCUUGACAGCGGUCCAUGGCAAAGUUGCCCCUGUUUAGAAAGGCUCCUGAACGGCCGCAGGUCGGGCGGAGUCGGUCGAAGGUGCUCUGGCACCGCAUCCUUCGGUCCUUCUGCUACCUCAUUGCCUGGAUCUUCCUCAUCCUGGUGGUCAUUGGCAGUGUCGCCAACAAGCCCGUGAUCCGGCAGACGUACUUCCUGGAGAUCAACCUGGCCAACAUCAUCCCGCUGUCCACCCCCAAUGCCAUGCUGAUCGAUACCAUUGCCCGUACCAUUGGGCUGCACGACUUCUACCAGGUCGGACUAUGGAACUACUGCGAGGGUUACUUGGAGCAGGGCAUCACUCAUUGCUCCAAGCCCAAGGUCCUAUACUGGUUCAAUCCCGUCGAGAUCAUCCUCAGUGAGCUGCUUUCCGGCGCAACCAUUGCCCUGCCCGCCAACAUCACCUCCGCUCUGAAAAUUGCCCGCAUAGCUUCUCACUGGAUGUUCGGCCUGUUCAUCACUGCCACCGUGCUAACCUUCAUCCUCAUCUUCCUCUCCCCACUCGCCGUCUCCUCGCGGCCUCCCCAGACCAUUUCCUCCGACCCGGCCGUCAACCAAGCGCACCCGCAACACCGUCGCCGCACCUUUGUGCUUCUUCGCUCAUUCCCCUUCCUCAUCCUCACUUUCCUGACCGCCCUCUUCACCGUCGUUGCCUCGGUCGUCGCCACAGUCAUGUUCAUCAUCUUCCGCAAUGUCUUCACCUCUGCCAGCGAAGACCUCAACAUCGACGCCUGGAUCGGCACUCGCAUGAUGGUCUUUAUGUGGAUCGCUUCCGGCUUCAACCUGAUCGCCUUCAUCCUCCAGCUCGGGUCUUGCUGUGCCUCGUGCUGCGGUGGCCGCAAGGCCCGCAAGCAACUCAAGCGGAACAGUGCCAACGGUACCAGCGUCAGCACCGGCACUAGCAGCUCGAUUUCCCCCGAACUGCGCGAGAAGGAACAUCCGCGUAGUCCCGCUACGACGGAGUGAGCUGUCUCGCCGUUACGGGUGCCGAUGAUCCCGUCGCUACCCUCCCAAACCCUUCAUGCAGGCUCUGAGUUUUCUCGCUCCAUCCCGGCGGGUUAUACACCAGGAGAGAAAUCCGCCUGUCUGCCCUUGAUACUAAAUAGAACAUAAACGGGUGAGCAUCGCAGGGCUCCCCAAAUAUAUACUGAUCUGGAUAUGUAUAUUGUACGUUGUUUUUUUUGUUUCGAGACUGGUUGGUUCUGUAUAGAUGCGGGCAAUAUAGACUGGAGGAUAUCCAACUUGGAUGGGUGUGACAGCGGGGGACUCGCAUGCCAUCCAGGUGGAUAGGUUACGAUCUUUACGACUCUGUUAUGAUAUUACGAGUGUGCGUAUCUUAGGGGGUUCGGUUCGGUACAAUGGCAGGAAAGCUUGUUUAGACUUUGAAAAAAUUCAUGUUGAUUGAUGGAUGGAUUACACAAUCCUCAACGCCCCACCAGGUCGUGAUUCGACCGAUAAAU